AUGCCCACGUAUACCACGACAACGACAAGAGUCACGCGUACCACCACUGGAGGGAAUUAUUACGGAGGAAGAAUGGGCGAGAUCUCACUGAACACACGUUACCUUAGCACAAAUCGUGGUAUUAUCAAGAUCCUACAAAUUGUUGCUGGAUUCAUCAUUUGUUCAUUGCUCUGUGCACAAUGGUAUGGUGGACGAUCCUGCUUCGGUGAAGGACGUCUUGGAUUCUGUUCUGGUCUUAACUUCAUCUGUGUUGUUAUCAACAUUGUUCUAUUCGUCCUCAACUUUUUGAACAUUGGUGCAUGGGGACUGGAACGAAUCUACUCUGUUGUAUGUACCGUUCUCUUUCUGAUUGCUUCUGCUCUCAUCAUCUGGUUCAUUAUUGAAUACAAUACUUCACGUUCAACUCUUAUUGCCAGUGCGGCUCUGAUUGUUUGCCAAUUCUUCCUGUUCCUUUGGGAUGUGAAGAUCCUUCAGGGUGAAGCGUCGAAUUAA